AGGCUUAAAUUGAUCUUCUCCACGAAGUGGCCUCCUUAUAAUAAUUACGUACACAUACACUUACAAGCCUUCCCCUAGUCUUUUUUUUUAAAUAUAAAUCUGCAUCGUCAUGUCGGAUGUGUUGGUGAGGCAGUUGCAGCAGGUUCUCGCACCGUGGGACUCGCUCUAUCAAGACUCUGAACGGGCCUCUCUCAGCACCGCGCCAAAGGGCGCCACUCUCAACAACUGGGGCAGCACUCCCCCGAAAGAUGCCUUGGCGCACGCGCGGGCGGCGACGACAAAGCUCGAGCUCGCCCGAGCGGCGCUGGCGCUCUUCACCUCCAACGCCGGCGCCUUCCGACCAGCCCUCGUGAAGAUGUUCCGCUUUCUUUUCGACCACAUCGACGAGCUGCGGGACGACGUGGCGCAUUGUGCGAUGGAGCGCGUGCUAUGGCAGCAAGGGGAGGGCGGGCAGGGAGCAGCGGGCACCACCAUCGGCUCGUCGUCAAAGGCGAGUGAGUUGGGCGGAACCCCCGAGGAGCAAAACGCCGUUGUGGCCGCCUAUGAAAAGGUGCGUCUGACGGAGUCGCGCAUGGCCGCCCUCGUUGAGGAAGCCUCCGUGCAGCGCGACCACUUCAAGUCCCAGAUCGAGGCUCUGAAAAAGCAGCAGUACCACUUGGAGGACCUGUUGCAGCAUCAGAUGGAGCUGACCCAAACACUGCUCGACCACCGUCUGCGGCAGGAGCUGGUGGGGGGCGGAGUGGGUGCUGUGCAGAGUUCCUGGGCAGGAGAAGCAGCCGCCAACACGGGUGCUACUGCAACUUCGGGUGCAGCAUUUCCCAUGCGAAGUGAUGACGCGCGAGACGGCAACGCGGCUGGACCAAACGCCUCUCCGUUUGUCGCUGUUGCGGCGUCCGCCACAGCGACGGAGCGCAAAGGCGGUGCGGUAGAUAUGGACAUGACCGUGAAAGGACGACACCCAGCAGAGCGCCGCGACGCCGCCUACGUGCAGCGCCUGAUCCAACGCGCCGGCCGCGAACUCACGCUGGAGAGGACGGAGGAUCAGCUACGUGAGCUGCGCGCUCAGCACGAUGGACUGGAGAACAAAGUGCAGUCUCUGUUGAGGCUGAACGGUAAGUACGCCCGACAGUGCAUAGAGCUCUCUGCCCGUCUCAGCAUUAUUCACGAAAACAACAUCGCCCUUUCCGCUGAUGUGCAGCUCUACCAGCGGGACUACUUGAAGGAGCAGCAGCGAUCCGCAAAUUUGCAGCACGCGCUGUAUGUGGCACGGGGCAUCGUCUUGAUCACUUUACAGGUGCAGCCUGGCUAUCACGCUGAUGAGUUGCUAGAGCAGCUGGAGGUGAUCGACAAGACCUCCGCGGACCCCAAAUGGAAGCGGUUUGACGACCAGCAUAGCAAUCUCACACAAAACAGUCGCUGGCACACCGUGGCUGUGAAGCCUUCUAGUAGCUCCGUCGACGCGGACUGCACGAACAACACCGCCUCACCCACCCCCCAGCUCGACGAAAUGGACAAAAUCGAUGAAGCGCUGCGUGCCGUGCCGGAGCUGGAACUGCGGAGCCAGCUACAGGAGGUACUCCAAGUUGAUGACGUCGACACCCGUUGCAAAGUCAAAGUCGCUCUUCUCCGACUUCUCGAGCUUCAAACGCAACUCAGCGCAAAACUGCACGAGGGAGGUGGCGUCGCUGCGACUGCUGGCACUGCCGAUGCGGCAGCUGCCAACACGAGUGAAGGUUGGUUGUCUGCACCGUGCUCGCACAACUGGGCACCACCCUACGGUCUGCGGCCCUCUGUCCCUCGCCACCUCCGCAGCGCGACCACCGUGCCGCUUCUCUUUUUGCACCCCGUUCUCGCUGAGGCCUUUGUGCACGAGCUGCUCACGCAGCGGCAGAAACUGCUCGCCUUUACGCAGGCGCAGCUGGAGCACGCGAAUUCGCUCGCGUCCGCGACGGCAGUGGAAAAAAGUGGCGACGUAAAGUUGAAAAAGAGGAGUCGUGUGACGUCACCGCGAGAGUUGGACCUGCAUAAGUUUUCCACCCUCGCCAACCCCAACAGCUCUGUGCCUUUCUCUGAUUUUAUUGAGCUGUUCAUACUGGUCGUGUGGCUCAACCGCGCCGAUCGGUACCUGCCGCUGUUGCCGGCCGCGGAGAGGACGCGGUUGGAAGAGGAAGCGCAGAUCCGCGAGGAGGCGCGCGAGAGGCGAGUUUCCCGACUCGUCGCACAGGGCGCCCUGCUAAGCCGCGACAAGCGAACGGGAGGAGGGAAGGACCAGAUGCACAUCACCAAGGGUCCCGUUGUGCACACGUCUCUGUGGGAGCUGCGGCACGUGCUGCACCUGGUGCGGCCUUCCACCGACUUGGCGAACCUCCCCUUCGAAGGUUUGCAGCUCACCUACACGUUGGAUGUCACCUCGCGGCAAGUCAGCGCUGGCCCUCUCACCUACGCGUACGGACUCGUGUCUCGCGGGACUUUGUGCGAGGCGCUGUUUUAUGUGCUGCGCGCGGAGCGAGAGACGCUGCUCCACUUGUGUCGUGCGGUCGAUGCGGCGAUGACGGCUCACGCACGUGACGUGCACAAAACAGCUUCACCGGUGGAGGGUAAACCUGCAUCAUCGUCUUCCGUGGCGGCGGCAGCGGAGAAGGCGGCACAGAAGACGAAAGAUGCAGAGAGCGUCAACGGAUGGAUUCCCACGGUGCAGCUCGUACGCAUCUUACUUGUCAUGUACCCCGGAUACCCCGCGAGCAAACUCGAAGAGCUCAUCGCAGCGGCGGUGUCGGACUGCACGGUGGGCGCUGAGAGCCCGGCGACGCUCUUCUACGAGGUGCUGCUGCCCGGCCGCAUGCUGCCCGGUCCGACCGUCGCCGCCACCUCCGCAGACACCUCCGUCGCGACCGGCACAAAAUUCGCCAGCAUUUUCUAUUCCGCCAUCUGCGACGACGUGCUCGCCUCGAUGCAGAUGGUGGAGGAUAGCGUGUACGAUUUUUCACUGGGCCAGCUGCAGAGCGGACCGGCACCGACGGAGCACGCCAGCACCUCCGCUGCGGCAGACGAUGCCCUCGGCUGCGGUGGAACGGCAUCGGUGACGGCGCACGAGAUCACCUCCAGCGCCUUCUUUGGCAUCCCACGCCGAGAAGGGCAGCAGUGGGGAGCGGGGCUGCGCAGUGCGAUUCAUCGGUGGCCGUGCCUGCGUCGCACCAUCGCAGACCCCGGGAAGGCACCAGCUGAAAAUGCGCAGGAGGGCACCGUGGAGCUGACGGAGGCGGACCAAGUGUCGUCGGUGGCGCGGGUGCCAGUCGGCGAGGUGAUGCCCUAUCUCCGAAGGAAUGUCAUUGUGCGUCGCGGCACCUUCGUCAGUUCAGAGACGGCGGCGGCCACAGCAGGAGCCGCAGCAUCCGCUUCUCCAACAGCGUCUCCCACCUCCACGGUGAGGACGGCGACCACGGUAGGCACCUCGAUCGCAUCCACGUCUCUCCCCAGCAACGCUACCAGUGCGGGGAAGGACUCGCCGAAGGGAGUUCGUUCUUCCAAUCCGUUAUCAACGGUUGAAGGGGAGGGGUGGACCCCCACGCAGGCAAAAAUUUUACAGCAGUGGGAGGUCCAGUGGGCGCAGUACAGCCGCCUCCCUCCGGGCUCACUGUCUAGCUCGGUCUCUUCUUUUGCCUCUCUCGGUGGGCCAUCGCAUUUUGCGGAGUACGUGGAGUUGCUUCAGCACCUGGACCCGUGUCGCACUCGUCCGUGGGGCAGCGAGUUGGUGAGUCGUGACAGUGCCGUGGUGCACCCGCUGGACUAUACGGGGAGUUGGUCCGCAGAGGCGCUGGAGCUUGUCCGCAGCGGCAACGCGGCCACUUUGACCGGCAUCGCGCUGAAGCGGGCGAACGCCAAAGGCGACAGGAAAGGUGCUAAGAAGGCCACCGCUGUCCGCUGA